AUGGCGAGACCUAAAGACGGACUGAGUGAAAGGAAGAAUCUUAGAGACAUUAACAAAAUCCAUUCUUCUUUCUCUUUACGACCUGACUUCAGUACAGAUGGUCUAAAUGUUAGCAUUCCAGCAUCUCUGUCUUACAAAAAAGUGGCACAAAAAUCGAUGUUUAGCAAACUAUUGAAUUCGUCUAUUCUCGCAGGACAUUACAUCAACGAAAAUUCGUUUCUUGCCCGUGGACAUUUAACACCCCAAGCGGAUUUUCUACUUGCAAGUUCACAGUACUCUACCUAUUUUUAUAUCAACGUGGCCCCGCAAUGGCAAACUAUCAAUAACGGAAAUUGGAAAAGCGUAGAAUCUGUUGUACGAACAUUGUCACGGACUUACGGUGAUUUAACAGUAUAUACAGGAACACACGAUAUCCUAACAUACGAGAACAAUCAUAGAAUUGAAACGAGAAUUUAUCUUGCAUUAAACGAGAUAUUACCAGUCCCAAAAUAUUUUUGGAAAAUUGCUUACGAUCCGAAGAGUAGAAAAGGAAUCGCCUUUGUGAUUAAAAAUGAUCCAUUUACAGAGAUUUCCAAUAAUUUCUGUACAGAUAUUUGUACAACUGCUGGAUAUAGGAAUUCCGCUUGGAAGAGUAGAUCUGGUGGUUAUGUUUGGUGUUGUGAUGUGAAAGAAUUUAGAAACAUAGUCCAUAUACCUCCACUUAUUCUGAGUGGAAAUGGUAUACUGACAAACAAUCUGUUCAAGCUAGCUAAGGCAUUAUUCACACAGAAUGACAAUCAGUAGGUAUAGUUAUUUUUUAACAUUAUAA